ACUCACUCUCCCAGGAUUACCUUCGACACUGUGCGCCUCCAUAUACCUCGCAGCAGCUGGCUGUCAGCUUAGCCAGAAGGAGCCGCGGGAUGCUGGCGAACACACCCUUUACAUUUCACUAUCUUUGAUCAUCACCGUUAAUCAACCUGAGGAGCAAAACGUUCACCAAACAUGUGGCGUAGUAGCGGCUGACCACAUCUGUAUGAGGUGACUGGGAUUCCUGCUGAGCCAGCUGCCCGCUAGGGCAACCUAACUGCUCCUAAUGAAGGAACAUCCUCUAAUAGCGCAGCUUUAUAACGUUGUAAUUAGUUAGCUGACGUGCCUUACCUAGCUUGUUUAGCGUCUCCAGUUAGCAUGUUAUAACACAGUUUAACGUAGUCCUCCACAUUCUGCAUUAGUAGCGGUAAGACUAACAUCAGUAUCGUGAAAAGGCAUUGUUACGUUUCAUAAUUGGCUAAAAGCUGUGUCACGAUUUCACGCGUGACCAUGUUGAAUUUCGCCCAGUUUAUUCUUUGACGUCUUAAAGGUAAAAAAGUGAUGAGAGGGUCCAAGAUGUCCCUGCCACUGGCAGUAGCGGUGCUCCUCUCAGUGCUGCUGACAGGAUCGACCCACGCCGGGCCUGAGAUGGACCCAUACAAAAUCCUAGGGGUAACGAGGAGUGCGAGCCAGGCUGAGAUCAAGAAGGUCUACAAGCGUCUGGCGAAAGAAUGGCAUCCAGACAAAAAUAAAAGUCCAGGUGCUGAGGACAUGUUUAUCAAGAUUACCAAAUCCUAUGAGAUCUUGUCCAGCGAAGACAAACGUGCCAACUAUGACCGUUACGGACAAACCGAUGACACCCAGCCUUACGGCAGCGAUCGUCACGGGCAUCGCCACGACAGCUUCUACUUCGAUGAGUCCUUCUUCAACUUUCCCUUCAACAGCAAGAACCACAGAGACUUCACUGACAGCAAGUACACGCUGCACUUCAACCAGUAUGUCAACGACGUUGUCCCCGACAGCUACACGAGACCGUACCUGAUCAAGAUCACCUCUGAUUGGUGCUUCAGCUGCAUCCACAUUGAGCCCGUCUGGAAGGAGGUGGUGCAGGAGAUGGAGAAUCUAGGUGUUGGAAUAGGUGUGGUGGACGUUGGCUACGAGAGGCGUUUGGCCAACCACCUUGGUGCUCAUCGCACCCCAUCUAUCCUCGGUAUCAUCAAUGGCAAAGUGACCUUUUUCCAUUACGCUGUAGCGAAGGAACACCUGAGGCAGUUCGUAGAGGACUUGCUUCCCCAGAGGCUCGUGGAACGGGUCACUGACAAGAAUGACCUACAGUUCUUGAACAGCUGGCAUGAGCUCAACAAGCCGCACGUGCUUUUAUUUGACCAAGUGCCUGUAGUCCCUCUACUAUACAAAUUGACAGCUUUUGCUUAUAAGGACUACAUGCAGUUUGGCUAUGUGGACCAGGGCCUUUCAGAAACUGCCAAUCUGCAAAAACAGUUUAAUAUCAACACGUAUGCUCCAACUAUGCUGGUCUUCAAAGAGAACGUUGACAAGCCAGCUGACAUUAUACAGGCUAAAGGCAUGAAGAAGCAAAUUAUUGAUGAGUUCAUGUCAAACAACAAAUUUCUCCUUGCACCACGACUGGUCAAUCAGAAAGUCUUUGAUGAGCUCUGUCCUGUCAAACAGUUCCACAGACGCAGGAAAUACUGUGUUCUGCUCAUCACGAGUGAUGAAGAGACCUUUACUUUUGGCAACCAGGCUUUCCUCUCGUUUGCCUCCACCAAUGCCAAGGAAGUUGUGAGAUUUGCCUACGUGUACCAGAGACUACAGCAACCGCUUUGCGACAUGCUCACGCAGAAUAAGGACAGUGCACAGUCACAACCACAGGUGGUCCUAUUGGAAAGACGCAACGCUGCAGGGAAAACCUUUUUUAAGCCAGUCACUACCUGGAACGGCAGUGAAGAAGAGAAGCAAAGUCUACUGGAUGAGCUGGAGCGACUUCAGAAGGACCCGUCCAUCCUCAUCCAUGACGCCGUGCUGCCUGAGCUCAACAAUGAGUUUGCCUCUAUUUUUGUAAUCCAAUGGAUUUAUGCAUCUUACGAUUACCUUUCUGAAGUCAUCGAUGAUAUUUUACACAAUAACUGGCGUGAAAUGAUGCCCCUUCUCUCCCUCAUCUUCUCUGCCUUGUUCAUCUUAUUUGGAACUGUGGUCAUUCAGGCUUUCAGCGACUCAAGUGAAGAGAAGCAGAUGAAAUCAAAAGCAAAAGACGGAACAAAAGCAGAAAAUGGGUCACCAGGUUCCAGUACCUCAAGUCGACCUCCCAAGAAGAAUUUUGUGGAAGUGACGGAGCUGACAGAUAUCACUUACAUAAGCAACCUGGUGAAGCUGAGGCCAGGACACAUGAACAUAGUGCUGGUUCUGACCGACACCUCCAAGAACAUUCUCCUUAGCAAGUUUGCUAAAGAGGUCUACUCCUUCACUGGGAGCCUGACGCUGCAUUUCUCCUUUCUGAACAUUGACAAACACAGCGAGUGGAUCAACACGCUCCUGCACUACGCCCAGGACACCACGCACGCUGAUGCGGACGAGGACGAUGGGGAAACCCACAAACAGGACUACACUGGCUACGUGCUGGCGCUGAAUGGCCACAAAAGGUACCUUUGCCUGUUUAAGCCCGUUUACACCGGCGAAGACCUUGAGAGCAAAUCAUCUGAAGAUGAAGGGGGGACAUCGGCGGGCAGGUUGAAAUCCAGCGCCCGGGACGACCACUGCCAGCGGAAAUCCAACCGGAUGCGCAACAUUUCCACAUUACAGAUCCACCACAAACUGGACCGCUUGGGCCUGUGGAUGGAACGGCUGAUGGAAGGCACUUUGCCACGUUACUACAUCCCUGCUUGGCCAGGACUAGACAAGAUCACACCCAGUAAGUAGAUCCCAGCAAGAUAGGAAAGUAUUUAGCCACAGUACGCUUGAUCUGACCUUUUAUUUAUUAGUUAAAGGUGUCUUUAAAGUUUCAUCAAUAGUAUAACUGGUUUUGGUGCCACUGUAAAUUCAUGGCAUGCUGUGUUCAGCUGGUGGUCUGAUUUUAUUCAGGCUAAUGCUUCUGCCACAGACUGACAAUAAAAGCCAGACAUACUGUCAUCAUACCCCAAAAGGGGGGAAAAACUACCUUAGUCCCAACUGAUGAAUACUGUGACCGGAGAUGCAUGUCCCUAACACUAAAUGUCUUUGCCUUUUUAUGCGUCCCAGUCCCCUUUUUUAAAGAUAAACAUGCUGACUUGCUUGUGCAAUAUAGAGUACUGCUGUAACGGCGAUGCCUUUUUCCUGGAUCUCAAGGGUUCCUUCGUGCUCUUCCUGGUCACGUGGUUGCAUUGUCUGGGUUUUAUGGAAAAAGUUGCAGGCGUGGAUUAAAAUGUGCAUCGCUACAUGUGAGAAUCCCUUAACAGCCCGUUAAACAACCUCAGUUAGCCACAAGCUGUAUGUAGCAAGCAUUGUGCAACAGGCUGUGCUGUUUUCGUGCUCUGUAGGCCACGUUCCACUGAUAAAUCACUGGCAUGGCAUUGUGAGGUAUAUAGAUAAACGUAGCGUGUGCUUGCUUGGUUUGUCAAUUUGUUUUGUUUACAUACUGUACGAGUGUAAAAAGUCAUGAAUAUGAUUUAGAUAUUUCUAUGUGAUGUAAAUAUUGUACAUAUUCAUGUUGGGCCUGUAUUUUAAGGAGCAUGUAAUGUGUUUUACACAGAUUUCAGAAGUCCUGGUUCCGUUUAGUCGUCACUCAGACUUUCAUUUAGUGUAAAAGCAGAUGGCUGCUCCAUCCUGAUGCUCAUUUGUCUUCAGUAGUACGUUUAUUCUCUUGUUGGUUGUAAUAAAAUACUAUAUGUUUAUUAAUUAAAACUGAAAACUGUAA